AUCAUGAAUUGUCAAUGUCAUUCAACUCGCUCUUGGAACCGGCAAUUUUUUUUCAACAUCAAGUUUGCAUUUUUGCAUGUGUUUCUACGUUGGUGAUAGCAUAAUAUAGCAGACAGCACUAUGGUCAAUUUUAGGGUGUUGGCAAGAGCGAUGUCCACGGUUGCGAAGAGUUUCGAGGCGAACGGCGUGGUGCCAGAUGUGGUCCCAAAGGCGCCCAGUGCCUUAAUCACGGUGAAAUACCCCAGCGGAGUGGAAGUGAAGGAAGGCAAUGUGCUGACUCCUACCAAGGUCAAGGAUGUACCUUCCGUCAGCUGGGAGGCGAGCUCUGAUGCCUUCUACACCCUGGCUAUGACUGAUCCGGACGCGCCGUCUCGCAAGGAACCGAAGUUUCGGGAAUGGCACCACUGGCUGGUGGGCAACGUCCCCGGGCAGAACGUGGCCGGCGGCGAGACGCUGUCCGCCUACAUCGGCUCCGGCCCGCCGGAGGGCACGGGCCUCCACAGAUACGUGUUCCUCGUAUAUAAGCAGCCGGGGAAACUGAGCUUCGAUGAGCCGAGGCUGCCCAAUACUUCUGGCGACAAACGUGGAGGAUUCUCCAUUGCCAAGUUCGCUGAGAAAUAUAACCUGGGAGAUCCUAUUGCUGGAAACUUCUACCAAGCUGAAUACGAUGAUUAUGUGCCUAUCCUUUACAAACAACUUGGAGCCUGAAAGCAUUUAAAAUGCGCUACAGCUGUGCGCGUUCGCAAUAUCGUUGAUGUGAUCGACGGUAGAAUUAGAUGUUAAGAUACCCUCUAAAUAUAUAUCUAGUUUAAAAUAAA